UUCUCUCGUUAACAUCAUGCAAACCAAAAUAAGUUUUUACUUCAUUGGUGUAUUAGCUGCUUUUGCGUUGAUUAAAGCUCGUCCUCAAACCUUCAAUAACUAUCCUUAUAGGCCAACGUUUUCGGAUUUAGAUCCAUAUAAUUACUAUUAUACAACACCAAUGCCAUAUAAUUCGCAGAAUUUGGUAAGAAUUUGGCCUUAUGUUGUUGAUCAAGCAGUGUCUCCACUUUACAAUUUAAAUCAGGGCAGCAAUGGUUACCUUAGCAACAGUGGAUAUAGUUCAACAUUAAAUAAUGGAUAUGGGGGAACCUAUUCAAAUACUGGUGUAGUAUACAAUCCCACUGGAUACUUGUCGAAUCCCAAUAUCCCAGGAUAUGGGACAACAAUUCCUCCUUAUCUGUCAAACACUAAUCCUUUUGGAAUUUACAAUGGAAAAAAAUAAAGUGAACUUGUGUAAUUGAUGAAGAGAUUGUGGUAGAUAAUAAGGGCUAA